CGCCCCCGGCCGCUGCCUCGCCAGGAAGAGUGGCCCCCGCCGGCCCGCAGAGCAGAACUGGGCUGUCCCCGGGCGUAGGCACCAUGUGCGGCAUCUUUGCUUACCUAAACUACCAUGUUCCCCGGACCAGACGGGAGAUUCUGGAGACCCUUAUCAAAGGGCUUCAGAGACUGGAGUACAGAGGAUAUGAUUCUGCAGGUGUGGGAAUCGAUGGAGGAAAUGACAAAGACUGGGAGGCUAAUGCUGGCAAAAUCCAAUUAAUCAAAAAGAAGGGGAAAGUGAAGGCUCUGGAUGAAGAGAUUAACAAACAACAGGAUAUGGACCUGGACAUCGAGUUUGAUGUACAUCUUGGCAUCGCACAUACCCGAUGGGCUACCCAUGGUGAGCCCAGUCCCGUCAAUAGCCACCCACAGCGCUCAGAUAAAAAUAAUGAAUUUAUUGUUAUCCACAAUGGCAUUAUAACCAACUACAAAGAUCUGAGAAAAUUUUUGGAAAGCAAAGGGUAUGAUUUUGAGUCUGAGACCGACACAGAAACCAUUGCCAAGCUUGUCAAGUACAUGUAUGACAACCGCGAAAGUGAUGACAUUAGCUUCACCACCUUGGUGGAGAGGGUUAUCCAGCAACUGGAAGGUGCUUUUGCCCUUGUGUUUAAAAGUGUCCAUUACCAUGGUCAAGCAGUUGGCACCAGACGAGGAAGCCCCCUGCUGAUUGGAGUUCGAAGUGAACACAAGCUCUCCACUGACCACAUUCCAGUACUGUACAGAACAGCUGUGCAAUCUAUGGAUCAUUCUGUUGGUGGAAUAUCCAUAGAAGUGGAGAAAGGUAAAGACAAGAAAGGAAGCUGCAGCCUCUCCCGUAUCGACAGCACCACCUGUCUUUUCCCUGUUGAAGAGAAAGCUGUGGAGUACUAUUUUGCUUCUGAUGCGAGUGCUGUCAUUGAGCACACCAACAGAGUGAUUUUCCUUGAAGACGAUGACGUAGCAGCUGUGGUGGACGGUCGUCUUUCUAUCCACCGGAUCAAACGCACAGCAGGCGACCACCCUGGGCGUGCAGUCCAGACGCUGCAGAUGGAACUUCAGCAGAUCAUGAAGGGUAACUUCAGUUCAUUUAUGCAGAAGGAAAUUUUUGAGCAACCAGAAUCUGUUGUUAACACAAUGAGAGGAAGAGUCAACUUUGAUGACUACACUGUGAAUCUGGGCGGGUUGAAGGAUCACAUCAAGGAGAUUCAGCGGUGUCGGCGUUUAAUCCUGAUUGCUUGUGGGACAAGCUACCACGCAGGAGUUGCGACACGUCAAGUGCUAGAAGAAUUGACUGAAUUGCCUGUUAUGGUUGAACUAGCCAGUGACUUUUUGGACAGAAACACUCCAGUCUUCAGAGAUGACGUCUGCUUUUUUAUCAGCCAGUCAGGCGAGACAGCAGAUACUUUGAUGGGUCUUCGAUACUGUAAGGAAAGGGGAGCCCUCACUGUAGGAAUAACUAAUACUGUGGGCAGUUCCAUAUCCAGGGAGACAGACUGUGGUGUCCAUAUCAACGCAGGACCAGAGAUUGGUGUGGCCAGCACAAAGGCCUACACUAGCCAGUUUGUUUCUCUGGUGAUGUUUGCCCUCAUGAUGUGUGAUGAUAGGAUUUCUAUGCAAGAAAGACGCAAAGAAAUCAUGCGGGGGCUGAAGGUCCUACCAGACUUGAUUAAAGAAGUGCUAAGCAUGGAUGAUGAGAUCCAGAAACUGGCAACAGAGCUUUACCAUCAGAAGUCCGUCUUGAUUAUGGGACGUGGAUAUCACUACGCUACAUGUCUUGAGGGAGCUUUGAAAAUAAAAGAAAUCACAUACAUGCACUCGGAAGGCAUAAUGGCUGGUGAGCUGAAGCAUGGUCCCCUCGCGCUGGUAGACAAAUUGAUGCCUGUUAUCAUGAUCAUCAUGAGGGACCAUACGUAUGCCAAGUGCCAGAAUGCUCUCCAACAGGUUAUAGCCCGGCAGGGACGACCAGUAGUGAUUUGUGAUAAGGAAGACACAGAGACAAUUAAUAAUAAUAAGAGGACAAUCAAAGUUCCUCAUUCUGUGGACUGUCUGCAAGGAAUCUUGAGUGUCAUCCCUUUACAACUUCUGGCUUUCCAUCUUGCAGUUCUCAGAGGAUAUGAUGUUGAUUUUCCAAGAAAUCUGGCCAAAUCUGUAACUGUAGAGUAAAAGUGCAUCUGAAUCUUAGGGGUAUGGGGAAGUAAGUGGAGAGACUUUUUGGGUACCAAAAUAACUUGAUUUUAAAGUCCCCUAGAUCAAAUAAUCUUUUGCUAAAUCAUUGUGUAUAAAAUCACCAUAAUUGUUACAUUAGUGAUUGUCAAAUUAACUCCAUAUGCCAUGUCAAUAGCUUUGUUGAAAGGUGUUCACUAAGAGACUUGGUAAUCUUUUAAAGGAAGCAGUUGGUGGGGCUUUUUAAUAUAAUGAGAUAAUGCAAUUGACGAAAGUAUCUGCAGUGCCUCUACUAGUGAAGGUACGUGCCAAUGUCUGACACUGAAAUCAGAGCUGUAAUAGGCCAUGAAUGAGCCUACAGAGGUUCAGACAUGAUGGUUUAGAAGAGAUUAGGUCAAAUUCUGCCCAGUUUACAUAAAGGGAAAUCCAGUGACUAAUCAGAAUCUCUCCUUUUAUGUAAUUUGGUUAGCGUGCCUAAAAUUAGCCUCUGCAAGGAUCUGGUCUAUGCCAAAUGCCUAGCAACUGACAAUCCUGCAGAGGCUGGGCCAAAAUCUGCUGUUAAGACAGCAUAGUUGUUGCAGCUCAUUCUAAUGUGUAAGUGAGAGCAGUACCUGACCCAAAAUAGAAGGAACACUGGCAAAGUUCAAAGGCCCAGCAAACAAUAUCAUCCCCUUGUUGUUGGGGGGAGAAGGAGAAAUCUGGUGCUCCCCCAUGAUCACUGCAACACUAAAGACAAUCCUAGUUGAGGUUCUGGGUUUAUUGUGCUGCUGCUGUUAGCAAGCAUGAUUUGGAACAUAUACAAGAACCUUGCUCUAAGAACAGCAUCCUUGUAUAUUUCACAAGCCUCCCUACUUACUCCAUUCUAUGUGUGCUCAUGAAUGGAGAGAAUGGCACUACAGGUGACAGUGUCCCUUAACAAAGAUGUCAGUCCAAGGAUAUUGACUGUUGCCAGGAGAGUUGCAGGGAACAAAUGCCUGGCUUUCAUUUCUGCAGCUCAGGUUGCUGUUACUUAGUGCGAGUGACAGCAAAUAGUUUCAGUGGCAUAUAUGGUUUGGGUUUGAGAAUUGGGUUAGACCAGGAAAAUUAACAAAGCUUCAUGCACAAGACUACCAACAAUAUUUUAAGUAGCUUGCAGAAGAUGUUAAACAGCAAAGGUACCUUGAACUUCAACAAAAGUCUCACAUUGCAAAAGGAUGAAUUUCAUAUGGUCAGUGGUGGGUUUGAAGUAAACAGCCAGAGUUAAGAACAUAGUACUGUAGGAUGUAAAGUGAAGUGUGGAGCUUAUUAAUGAAACAUGAAAGUCACUCCGCAACAUUUAGGGAUUUUUUUCUUCACAAAUGUAAUAUUUUGGCCUUUGUAGAAAUCUGCUUUAUCAGAGAGACUGUCCAACACUAGGGUAAGAACUUGGCUCUCUGAGUGAGUAUGCUGUAGUCGAAUGCUGAAUUGCAUAAUCCAAGUUGACUCAGACAAUUGCUCACACAGGUUCAAAGGACUGUAGCUGCAAUGCCAUCUGUCAUUCUUAAAAGUGAUAUUAACUGAAGUAAAUAAUUUACACUUCUGCAUUUUUGUAUCUUAUUCAUAGAUCCGUUCGCUGCUUAGUUUUAGCAUCUUAGCAAGAACUGGAAGCAUACGUUCAGCUAAACCAGUAAUGACUUGAACUUCAUUUUUCUUUAAAAUGACAAACUUGAGUACAGUUACUAAUGCGUUGUAUGCAGGCCAUGAUUUGUGCUGAGCUAUUAAUUUGUAUUUAGGAAUGAAGUAGUAAAUAUAGCAAUUUAAUUCCUACAGUAUUUGCUUAUUACAAUAGACACCUCCCCACAAUGAUUUACAAACAUGCAACAUUUUUUGUAUAACCAAGUACUACGUUAGUUAAAGCCAGUUUAACCUUAACCUUCCUCCUGUGACUUGCCUUAGCUUAUAUUAGUUUCAUUUUUAAAAGGGAGGGAGCUGCUGUUCAAGCAGUUUAACUUAGAAGGGCUGAAGUCAAGGGGAGAACAUGCAGGUUAAGAUCCUCUGUCCUUGUUUGCAGUGAUUCUAAUGUAAGUGAGGCCCUUAAAGGGGGAAGCAUUUUGAGUAUGCUGUUGUACCCAUCGAUUUCCUGGAGAGGAAUUGAUUUGGAGGUCUUUCCCUAUUCAACUUGGAAAAUUAGCUACAAGUGCUUGCCUAGGUUUGUACAGAUGAGACUUUAUUUUAGAAGUAGGACAACUGCUUCUCCACUGGUAUAGUAAGAAUAUACUAGUUAUAUUUAAAUAUGAAUUGAUGUUCUCAAUCUGAUUUGUGCCCUGUAGCAAGUGCUUACUAUUUAUGAAAAGAAUAUCAUUGAUACAAAGGACCAAAGAAAUAGGAUACUAAAUUAAAGAGCUGUAGUUUCUACAGAGUUGUUUUAUCUUGUGAGAUUUUAUAAAUAUUGCAAAGUCACUCAUUUAGUUUGACAGGACGGACAGCCCCUAUUCUUCAGAAAUGUUAAGGCAUGUAACCUAUAAGACUUACUACGCAAACUUUUCACUAGUUAGAAAUUAACCCCAACCAUUAAAUUGAGCUUGAUUUUGUAAAUUGCAUUAAGGUCCAAAACUCAGCUUACUAAAAUUGAAAUAUGUGACUAGACUAUCAGAUAUUGCAAUGUAUAAUAAGAAUGUUAUGGAGCACACUCACUGUGAAGAAUUUUUUUGAAUGAUUAUGGUAUGAUAUCCUUAAAGCAUCUAAGUUUUACCAGUGUGCUGAGAGAUUGUAUACAGGAUUUUCUUAUCUCGCUAGAUAUAUUGCAGUUUGAUGAAACAAUGUUUGUCCAUCUCCCCUCCCAGACUAGUUGAUCCUCCUGCUGCUAGCUGGAAGUUUUAGACUGUCUUGUGCUCUCUGAAAUGAAUGUUUAGAUUACUGAGCCAAUAACAUUAAUUCCUUCCUAACUGAUGUAUUUUUAAAAAUUCAGUAGCCCUCUCCUUAAGAUUGAGCCUCAGAUCAAAUGCAUAGGGCUCAUCCUUGCUGUGUGACUAUCAGCCAUAUACUGUUUCCAUAAACUUGUCUGAAAAGCAUUUUUACUAAAUGUUCACUUUUGUUUUAGUGCAUAUAUUCUUCUCCUAAUCUAUGUGCAUAAAGAGUUCAACAAUAACUCCUGCUGCUAUUUCAAGAGAAGAAAUUGAAGGUUGCCUACCAAUUUAACAAAUCCAGAGUAUUUUUAAACGUACUGAAAUACAGAGCUAGACAAUUUUUCAGGCAAAGAACUCUGCUCUUCCCUGUGGAAGUGCUAUCGUAUUUUGUGAGCAGGUCUCAUUCAAGUUCACUCCUGGAACUUGAUGGAGGUAUACAGUAGCAGAAGUAUUGUCAUGACUGGAAAAGGUUUAAGCCAUUCUGUCUCCCCUCUCCUGCUAAUCCGCACUCCCCAUUGUUAGAGUAUUGCAUAAAAGGCUGCAAGAGGAGGCCCUGCGUGUGUUUAAAAUCUUGACCUUUGCUGCCCUGCCAUAUUUACCAGUACAAUGGCACUUAAAACCUUACUCUGGGACAUGCUCUAACUAGUACCCUCUGUAUUUGUGGACUCAGUUACUCUGAUCUAUACUUUGCUCAGAAGGAAAGCUCUGCUACUCGGGACAGUCUUUGGGCCUCAGCUUUUACUGUACAGCAAGACCCAAAGGCAACAAACCUGGCCUCUAAAUUAUAUGCCAAUAAAGAGAUUGCCCUAAAAACAUUUGAACAGUUUUUCAAAUGUAAAUUAAAUUCCAGUCUGAUCCUUACCUAGAAAUAAAUAAUGGUGAUAUACUUCUGGCCCUUGUGCGUUAAAUGAAGUAUCCUUUGACAUGUUUGCUUUGCUCAAAGGAAAUUUGUGCAAUUUUUUUUUAAUUACCAUUCAUACAGGGAGGUGGAGGGGAGAAGUAGCAGCUUUAAAAAUCUUCACCCAACUUGUAUUUUAACACAGGAGACAAAAUCCGUAGGAAUGUUUGUAAAAAAAUCAGAGCCAAAUUCCUAUGUUCCAGAAGCAAGUCAUGGGAACAUGAUGGAGCCUGGUUCCUGUGGUAUGUUACUAGACUGCCACAAGGGAGACUAAAGGUGUGUGUGUAUUGCACUCAGUGGUGUUACUGUAGCACUUCUAGGACAUACCUGAACUAGCAUAGAUCUAAGUAAAAAAACAGUGAAGCUGUGGCUAUCCAAGACCCAGAGUCUGUGUCCUGCAGCUUCACUGUUAACAUAAUUCAAGCUAGCUCUGCUAUGUCUACAUGUGCUGCAGUGGAGACAUACCCUGGGAUUGGUGCUGCCUUCAGUGUGGCAUGUUGUACUUCUUUUGUAUAGCUCUUCCCUCCUCCAGAAGUCACCUGCUAGUCCUUCAGCCCACAGGCAGACAGCAACAUGGAAGAUGAAGGGGUCUACAAACAAAGUAAGCCGCACUAAAGCAGAUUGUGAAUGCUUAGUUGUGGCAAAGGCUAGGCCUUUUAGACAUUUACCUCAAGACAUGGGAUCCCUCCCCAGUGUGAGAAAACUGACAGAAAACCCUUGUAUCUGUCUGAAUUGAAGGCUUCCUUAGUUUCCUUCCUUCAUCAGUGUGUGUAAAUAGAAAUUUGAAGUGGCAAAUAUUACCAUAUCUUCCCUGCUAGCAUUGUUUUCCUUUGCAUGUACAUAUCUAGCUGGCUUGGUUUAUGGGGAUCAUUCUGUAUCUGGCUUCCUGUUUCAUGCUGUCUGCAGAAGAUGUUUUAAUUUUGUGUGUAGUAUUUUAUAAUUUGGGUUUUGUCUUUUCCUUACUUUUUGUAUCUCACCCUUUGAAUAAAAUGAAGUGCCCAACAUUAA